AGCAGCCAAUUGAGGGUGAAGGAGGAGGGAAAAAUAAACUGGAAAAAAAAAAAAAAAAAAAAAAAAAAGAGGAAAAAAACCCCAAACUCGGGGAUUUUUGUCCUGCUUGGAGUCCGAAUUGGAGCUGCAGCCAUGAGGGGUGUGGGACUGCUCCUGGCCCUGAUCCUGCUCCCAGGGGUCGCUGAGGGGUUCAACAUCGACGUGGGCACUGCCAGGGUGUUCCUGGGGCCAGCGGAGUCCCAGUUUGGAUACCGGGUGCUGCAGUGGGGCAGUGGCGGGGACAAGGGGCUGCUCGUGGGGGCCCCGUGGGACGGGGACGGCCGAGGGGACAUCUACAGGUGCCACAUGGGACCCCCGAACUCCUCCUGCGCCAAGGCCAACCUCGGUGCUGCGGUUCCGUGGCUCAGCAGCAGCGCCGGGCACCUGGGCAUGACCCUGGCCGAGUCCGGGGACGGGGGAUUGGUGGCCUGUGCCCCGCUGUGGUCCCAGCAAUGCGGCACCUCCGUGUUCAGCCCCGGCCGCUGCGUCCAGCUGGACCAGGAGCUGCAGCUGGUGGCCACCAUGGCCCCCACGGCCCAGCGCUGCUCCACCUUCAUGGACAUCGUGGUGCUCCUGGACGGCUCCAACAGCAUCUACCCCUGGGAGGAGGUGCAGGCCUUCCUGGGGAACGUUCUGGAACGCUUCUUCAUCGGGCCGGGGCAGACACAGGUGGGGGUGCUGCAGUACGGGGAGCACGUGGUGCAGGAGUGGGCGCUGGGGCAGCACCCCACAGCCCAGAGCCUGCUGGAGGCCGCGCGGAACCUGACCCGGCAGGAGGGGAGGGAGACCAGGACGGCCAUGGCCAUCCGGGAGGCAUGCACGGAGUCGUUCAGCCCGGCGCGGGGCGGGCGCCCGGGGGCCGCGCGGCUGCUGCUGGUGCUGACGGACGGGGAGUCCCACGACGGGGACGAGCUGCCCGCGGCGCUGGCCGAGUGCGAGCGCCGCAACGUCACCCGCUACGCCAUCGCCGUGCUGGGGCAUUACCUGAGGAGGCAGCAGGACCCCGAGGAUUUCAUCCGGGAGAUCAAGUUCAUCGCCAGCGACCCCGAUGAGAAGUAUUUCUUCAACGUCACGGACGAGGCCGCCCUCAACGACAUCGUGGAUGCUCUGGGAGAUCGGAUCUUCAGCCUGGAAGGCACCCACGGGGACAACGAGAGCGCCUUCGAGCUGGAGAUGUCCCAGAUUGGCUUUUCCAUCCACCACCUCGAGGGUGACGUGUCCCACCCCUCCCAGCAGGACGGGAUCCUCUUUGGCAUGGUGGGAGCCCACGGCUGGGAGGGCGGCGUGCUGGCGGAGCGGCGGCGCGGGCGCGUGGUGCCGGCCCGAGGGGCGUUCCAGGAGGAAUUCCCGCCGCAGCUGAGGAACCACGCGGCCUACCUGGGGUACUCGGUGUCCUCGCUGCAGCUGCCGGGGGGGCAGCGCCUCUUGGUGGCCGGUGCCCCCCGGUUCCAGCACAAGGGCAAGGUGGUGCUGUUCCAGCUGGACCCCGCGGGCACCGUGACCGUGGCCCAGGCGUUAACGGGGGACCAGAUCGGCUCCUACUUCGGCAGCGAGGUGCUGGCCCUGGACCUGGAGGGAGAUGGGGACAGCGAGCUGCUGCUGGUGGCAGCGCCCUCCUACCUGGGCGGGCAGAGCUGGGAGACCGGGAGGGUCUACGUGUACCGGGUGGGGCAGGAGCGCCUGAGCCCCGCGGGGUCGCUGCUGCCCGAGCCGAGGCCGCAGGAUUCGCGCUUCGGCUCCGCCCUGGGCGCGGUGCCCAACCUGAGCCAGGACGGGCUGGCCGGAGCCGUGGUGGGCGCCCCGCUGGAGGACGGGCACCGAGGGGCGCUCUACGUGUUCCACGUGGCACCGGGCACCCUCCUGCCCCAACGCAAACAGCGCAUCGAGGCGGCGGCGCUGGGCUGGAGCCUGCGGUACUUCGGGAUCAGCGUGGACGGACGGACGGACAUGGACGGAGACGGACUGGUGGACGUGGCCGUGGGGGCGCAGGGGGCGGCCGUGGUGCUGCGGUCCCGCUGGAUCCUGCAGGUGGCCGCGGCGGUGUCGGUGGAGCCGGCGGCCGUCAGCGUCACCCGGCGGAACUGCCGGCGCGGCGGCUCCGGGGCCGUCUGCCUCCGUGCCCGCCUCUGCUUCCGCGCCCAGAGCCGCUCCCGGAGCGCCCCCCCGGGCAUGGAUGUGGCUCUCCGGUACAACGCGUCCCUGGAGGAGCGGGGCCCGGGAUCCCGAGCCGCCUUCGACUCCGGUGCCCGCCGGCUGCUGCAGCGCCGCGUGGAGCUCCCGCUGGGCCGGCAGAGCUGCGCCCGCGUCCCCUUCCACGUCCUGGACACCUCGGAUUACCUGCGGCCCCUCAGCCUCAGCCUCACCUGGGCGCUGGAUGAGGCCGCGAGCGGCUCCGUGCUGGAUGAGGCGUCUCCCACCUCCCUCCGCAAACUGAUCCCGUUUUUCAAGGAUUGCGGCGACGACGACGAGUGCGUCACCGACCUGGUGCUCAAGGCCACCACGGACAUCGUGGGCUCCAGGCAGAGCCCCCACGUCCUGCGGAAAGGCCGGAGGAGGAUGCUGGUGGAGGUGGAGCUGGAGAACCGCAAGGAGAACGCCUACAAUGCCAGCCUGUGGCUGCAGCUGCCUGGGAACCUCCACUUCUCCAGCCUCGUGCUCCAGGAGCCCAGCUCGGUGAAGUUGGAGUGCUCGGCCCUGGGGGGGCAGCGCCGGCGCUGCAGCGUGGGGUACCCCGUGUUCCGCUCGCAGGCCAAGGUGUCCUUCACGCUGGAGCUGGAGUUCAGCUGCUCCGUCCUGCUGGACCGCGCCGAGCUCACGCUCAGGGCCACCAGUGACAGCAGGGAGGUGACACCGCAGGACAACGUGGUGGAGCUGUCGGUGCCCAUCCGCUACGAGGCCAACGUGUUCCUGUCCAGUGCCACCAACCUGCCCCGCUAUGAGCUGCACCCCCUGGGCACCUUCAGCUCCAGCGCCGGCCCCGAGUUCACCACCACGCUCAAGGUGCAGAACUUGGGGUGCCACCCCCUGCAGAACCUCACCCUGCACAUGGCCCUGCCCGCCCUGGGCCACCGCGGGGCCCCCAUCCUGUCUGUCACCCGGCUCCUGGCUGCCAACGCCUCCUGCAGGCUGCACCCCCCCAGCGAGGGCACCCCGGUGCCCCCCGAGGAGCUGCGGCACAGCGAGAGGCUGGACUGCUCCAGCAGCCGCUGCCGGGGGCUGAGCUGCGGCCUGGCCGGGCUGGGGCGGGGCGGGGGCGCCUCCAUCGAGCUCCGGCAGCGGCUGCACGAGAGCUCCUUCGGCGGGGUGAAAUUCAGGAGCCUGAGGAUCGUCAGCAAUGUCUGGCUGGGGGGAGGGGGGGCUCUUGUGCUGGAGGAGGGGGCGCAGCACAGGGAGCUGGUGCUGGAGGUGCUGCGGGCGCGGCGGCUCCCGGUGUCCCUGUGGAUCCUGAGGGGCAGCGCCCUGGGGGGCCUCCUGCUGCUGGCCCUGCUCAGCCUCGGCCUCUGGAGGCUGGGAUUCUUCUCCCACCCGAAGCCCCCCCAGGAGGAGGAGGAGGAGGAGGAGGAUGAAGAGCCCUGAGCGAGGUGACAGCGCCGCUGGUGGCACGAGGACACCCAGCAAUGUCCCUGUGGGGUUUGGGGUCGGUGCAGGGACCAGGAGCAGCCCCGGGGAUGGAGAGGGGAAAGUGGGGAUGGAUGGGAU